AUGCUUUCGCCGCCGGAGACACACGCGCCGCCGGGCUCACAGUGGUCCAAGGUAGAGCUGCCGCGCACGCUCCACGCAGAGCAGGGCGCUGCGCAUGAGACACGCGAUCAGCGCAUACGCCAGAUAUAUGGGUUUAUCCCGUCUCCGCCGCCGUCUCCAAGGGACUUGGAGACAGCGGCCGCUGCAGGCGCCGGUGGAGCAGAGAGGGCUGCAGUGCAGAUCGGCGGAUCAGCGACGUUUGUAGCGCGGGUCUUUGACCUGUACAAGCAGGAUCCGCGCGCAAUGCUGCGGAACGAACGGCGGUGGCUGGCCCUUGGAGAGAGAGGUCGUAAGCGGGCACGGGUGGUGCGGCGGGCGCGGGCACGGGCAGCAGUGCGAGGAGCACUGCCGGCGCCGUUGCCAGCAGUGCCUAAGCUGAAGCAGUCGUCGCGGGAACACUAUGCACACACACAGUCGUUUGACGUGGCAAACACGCCGUAUGAGGAAUUACCAGACUUCUGCCCGCCAACAUCGACCCUCGAUAAGAUCAACCACCCGCGGCCGCUACGAGCAGAGUGGAAGGGGAUUCCGCUGGAUCUGUCAAACGAUCCGCACGUGGGAGAGCUCCACCCGGCAGAGGUGUAUCUGGCGUCGCAACUGCGGCUACCAGCAAUGGUGUAUUUGGACAACAAGCGGCGGAUAUUUGCAGAGUAUCAUGCAAGGAAGGAGGCAGGGCUUGGGUUCCGGCGGACAGACGCGCAGAGGUGUGCGCGGAUCGACGUGAAUAAGGCAAGCAGGCUCUGGCAGGCGUUUGAGCGCGUUGGGUGGCUGGACUAG